AGGCGUGUGAAAGGCCCGCUUCGAUAAGAGGGUAGGAGCGGCAUCUCUGGUUAAAGGGUCGGGCAAAGUGCAAAGGGUACRGUCCAAGUUGGACAGCACCUCAUCUAGCCAUGGCGGCGUCUGGGGAGCCCCGGAGGCAGUGUCAGGAGGAGGUGGCGGCGGUGGUAGUAGUGGGCUCCUGCGUGACCGACCUGGUCAGUAUGACUUCUCGUUUGCCAAAAACUGGAGAAACCAUCCAAGGACACAAGUUUUUUAUUGGCUUUGGAGGGAAAGGUGCCAACCAGUGUGUCCAAGCUGCUAAGCUCGGAGCAAAGACGUCCAUGGUGUGCAAGGUUGGCAAGGAUUCUUUUGGCAAUGAUUAUAUAGAAAACUUUAAACAGAAUGGUAUUUCUACAGAAUUUACAUAUCAGACUAAAGAUGCUGCUACAGGAGCUGCUUCUAUAAUUGUCAAUGAUGAAGGCCAGAAUAUCAUCGUCAUAGUGGCAGGAGCAAAUUUACUUCUGAAUACUGAAGACCUGAAGGAAGCAGCCAGUGUCAUUAGCCAAGCCAAAGUCAUGAUCUGCCAGCUAGAAAUAACUCCAGCAACUUCUUUGGAAGCUCUGACAAUGGCCCGUAGCAAUGGAGUGAAAACAUUGUUCAAUCCAGCUCCUGCCAUUGCUGACCUGGAUCCGCAGUUCUACAGCCUCUCGGACGUGUUCUGCUGCAAUGAAAGCGAGGCUGAGAUUUUAACAGGCCUCACGGUGGGCAACCCAGAGGAGGCUGGGAAGGCUGCAACGGUACUCCUGGCAAGGGGCUGCAAGGUCGUAAUCAUCACCUUGGGGGACAAAGGAUGUGUGUUGCUGUCCCAGACAGAACCUGUCCCAAAGCACAUUCCCACAGAAAAGGUCAAGGCUGUGGAUACCACGUGUGGACCUGGCUCCAGACCCAAGAGUGAAGCAGCAACUUUAAGAAAGCAAAAACACUAUAAAUAACCCAAAGAACCCUUUUAUAACAGCAACUGCCUGCUGAUUUUGUGGCCUAACAGCUCAAGCAGAAAAGGAUAUAAAUACAAUAUUGUGCAAUGACUAAUUACUCAAAACUCUGUGCAUCAGCAGAAGUGGAACCUGCGGUUGGUGCUAAUGUUAUCAAAUGCCUUUGCUGUUUAAUAAUCUGUAGCUUUAUAUUAUCUAGCAUGGAAUUUUCACAGAAAACAAUGAUUGUAUUUCAAGUACCUCUCACUGAAAUUAAAAAGCAGCUGUUAAAAGAUGAACAUUUGGCAGAAGAUGUUCUAGCAAAUCUUGUAAGAUACUAAAUCAUAUUGGAUUAACUAUUUUCUGUCUAAAGAGUGGAGUCACAAAGAAAAAAGAUUGCUGACCACAGAAGGCAGGGCCAGUCUUUAGAACGAGUGAAUCACUAACAGACCUUUUAGUUUUAAGUGCCAUUUAUUCACCGAUAUGUUAAGUUAUUUAUAUACAAAGCUUUCAUUAAUGUUGCCUGAAGAAUGGGCCCUUUUUUAUUCCAUUUUUAGCUCGUACCCAAGAUUCCAUUUGUCUUUCAUUAAUUAUAGAAUAAAUUAAUUCACCACAGACAUUUUGGGCAGAAUGGGGGUUUGAGACAGUUUUCAGUCUCRAGGGGCCAUCUUCCUCU